AAGAUCAUCCUCUCAGCCCUCUAGACAUCCAACCUACCUCAAAAUGGCGACUCGAAGCGCAGCUCUCAAGCUUGACUGGACCAAGGUCACCAGCUCCCUCGGUCUCCGUGGCCAGACUGUUGCCUCCCUGCAGGCCUUCAAGAAGCGCAACGAGGACGUCCGCCGCAAGGUCCAGCAGCUCCAGGAGCAGCCCACCACCGUCGACUUCUCCCAGUAUCGAUCCGUCCUCAAGAACCAGGCCAUCAUCGACGAGAUCGAGAAGCGAUUCAACGCCUUCAAGCCCGUUACCUACGAUGUCAGCCGACAGCUGAAGGCCAUCGAUGCCUUCGAGGCUGAGGCCGUCAAGAACGCCGAGGCCACCAAGCAGGCCGUCGACCUCGAGCUCAAGGACCUCGCCGCUACCCUGAAGAACAUCGAGGAGGCCCGACCAUUCGAGGACCUCACUGUCGACGAGGUUGCCGCUGCCGAGAAGUCUAUCGACGAGAAGACCGACCAGCUCGUUUCCAAGGGCCGAUGGAUGGUGCCAGGCUACAAGGAGAAGUUUGGCGACUUGGCUAUGGUUUAGACGAAUUGCGACGUUCCCUUUCCGCCUUCGCGUUGUGUACUCUAGCAUUGUAGAUAAGAGAGAACUGGGGGCUGAACCCAGGUUUUCCUCAUACCCAAAACAUCUACAAAAUUUUCCAAUGUGCUUCAUAAUAUCUUAUUCUCUGAACAAAGUCAGUGUAGACUAGUGUUUGGAGGUAGCAUAGUGUUGAGAACAUGCCCAAUGCCUAGAGCAACGUUACGUUUCAUAAUGAGUGUUGUCAAGUGAAAGGCUGUACAUCCAAUCUGGAGUCGUUAUCAAAUGCCUGCGUUUCUGUCGCUGAAAUUUGGUAAAACGAAGGUACGAAGUAGGCAAUUAUGCAGUUUAUAUCAUUUAACCUGGACUGGCAAGAUCUAAGGCUGGGUUUUCACUUAAAACAAGCAAGCCAUAAUCUUGGUC